AUGGCCACCUUAUACACGACACACCCGAAUCAAGCUGAUAUGUCGGAUGGCGAAUACGUUGAGGGUAGUAUUUCGCGAGCGAAAUGCCGUCAUCUCCAAAAUUCACCUCCGCCGCCGGCACAGGAUGCAUGCAGGUAUUGGCAACUGGCCUGGUGGGCUCUAUUCCAAGCACACUCUGCGGGCAGCGUGGUGUGUACUACUUCUACUACUUCUACUUCUACUACUGCUACUGCUACUGCUACUACUACUGCUACUGCUACUGCUACUACUACUGCUACUGCUACUGCUACUGCUACUGCUACUGCUACUGCUACUGCUACUGCUACUGCUACUGCUACUGCUACUGCUACUGCUACUACUGCUAACAACCUGCGCAAAUAUUGUCCGGAGAAUAUGAUCGGAACCUGCAGAUAUACCGCGAGUAUAAAACCCAUUAUCUCUUUCUGA